GUUGGAUAAUUUCUCCUUUUAAAAUAAAAAAAGUAGCAACAAUUUCCCGUAGUUAUAAUUUACAAUGUUGAAGGUAGUGUUACCAUUACUUGUGCUUCUUGGCUCCACUUCGGUCCAUUCGAAACCCUUUAACUUGGACGAUUGUGGUCCUCAGGUGUGUGCCUCGUAUGGUGGGGAGAAAAGGGUUUUUACUAAUAUGUGUGAACUUUUAAACGAAAUCGAAACAACGGGUGUUGAUUGGAAUUUUGAGGAGUUAAACGAAUGCUCGGAUCAAGUGAGAGCUUGCACGAAGGAAUACGAUCCAGUUUGUGGUUUUGCAGGUUUCGAAUUUCGCACAUUCCCCAAUGAAUGCAUAAUGGACCAGGAGUCGGAGGAGACAGGAAUUGUCUGGCAAAACAUUUACUCCGGCGAAUGUGAAGAGUUCUCGAACUUCCCCCCUAGCCCCGUGGGACCUCCGGUCUACGAUGGUACUACCGGUGUUGGCCAGUCCGAACCUGUUGUUAGUCCACCAAAAUCGCGAUUCCACAACAAUGUGAAUAACACGUUCAAUGCUGCCUAUGUUGAGGGAAAUUAUUUCAAUGGACCCGUACACAAUUAUUAUGGAAUUAUAUUGCCGCCCUACAAUCAACUGCCACUCCCAGAUGAUGAUGAUGAUGUGUUUGGAGACAUAGAUUUCACCGGUGGUGAUUAUUUCCCAGACGAUGAUGUCGAAGGCGUACCCACAGAAGGUGAAGAUGUGGAGGAGGAUGAUGAUGAUGAAGAAGAAGAUUCUACAAAUAAAUCCAUUAAAAUCGGAGGAAAUGCAUUUACCUCGGUAGUAGAUGCUGUGAAAUAUAUUAGCGCUUUUACCAAGGAGUUGCUGUCAUAUUUACAAGGACUCAAGGGAAAAUAAGGCAUGCAUCUGAUGUUGGCCUGUGUAAAUUAUUAUGUAUUGUAAAUUUUUAUAAUAGAAUAAAUAGAACGAUUGAAUGCACGAA